GCGGAACAACUUACCAGAUAUAAACAUCUCGAAUCUAGAUAGCGCUUCAGCUCUUUCGGCAGAACGUGUUGUCACCCUUGGGAUUGUGUGCUUGGAACCUACUAAAAUUUUUAUUAAAGAAAUAAAAAUUGGUUUCAAUUCAUAGAUUAUUGAGAGAUAUCGUCGGAGUGCCUUUAUGGGGGGAUUGAUGACUGAUGGCUGCAGACCAUGUGUUGUUAUAUGGGCUGUAUUUCUUCUGUCCUCCGUCAUGGGAUACAGACCAGUUAUUGUUGUUCACGGGAUAUUAGAUGGACCAAGACAGUUUGAUAUUUUGGCUAAAUUUAUCAAUCAGUCUCAUCCAGGUACCAAAGUGACCACACUAGCACUUUAUGACUACAUUAGCAGUAUGAAGCCACUUUGGCAACAGGUAGAUGGAUUCAGAGAGGCCGUCAGACCCAUCAUGGAGAGCGCUGAUGAUGGUGUCCAUCUCAUCUGCUUCUCACAAGGUGGAUUGAUAUGCCGAGGACUUCUUGCAACCCUGCCGACGCACAAUGUUCACUCUCUGAUAUUACUGUCUUCACCACUAGCUGGACAGUAUGGAGAUUCAUCUUAUUUGAAAUAUUUUUUCCCUAAAUUUAUCAAGUCAAGACUGUACAAUUUUUGUUACACUACAUACGGACAACGGAUAUCUAUCUGCAAUUACUGGAAUGAUCCACACCAAAGAGAGAGAUACUUAAAAAGCAGCAUCUAUCUCGCCCCACUGAAUGGAGAAAUAGAGCAUGCCAAUUCAACAGCGUGGCGAGACAGUUUCCUGCGCAUACAGAAGCUGGUGCUGAUCGGUGGACAAGAUGACGGCGUUAUUACACCAUGGGAGUCAAGUAUUUUUGGGUUUUAUGACAGUAAUGAAACUGUGGUUGAGAUGGAAAAGCAGGAUUGGUAUCUGAGAGAUGCUUUUGGCUUGAAAACACUGAACUCAGAGGGAGCCGUGGUCAAGUGUGUCGUCCCUGGUGUACACCAUACUUCCUGGCAUUCAAACCUCACAGUUUACAAGAACUGCAUAGACAAGUGGCUCACUUAAUCUAAGGAGAAGGACAAAAGGAAACUGAUCUUGUUACAUGCAUAUGCACAAUCCUCAAUGUAAUCAUGUAUCAUGUAGAUUAUGAUUGUAAACGUAUUAAUCACCUAAGAUUUUUUAUUUUUGCUAACAUAAUGUGAUCCAUUUUUUCUAUAGUUAAAGUUUGCUAUAUAAUAUAUAGUUUUCUAUCUAUUUUCUAUUUUUCUAAUCAUUUUGAAUAUUGUAGGAAAGUUAUUCUGUCCUGCCACCACAGAUAAUCCAAGUCUAAUGUUCAAUUUUAACAAAUGAAAUUAUAAAAUAAAUUAAUAAAUUGUUAUAAAAAAUGCAAAAAUGUGUUUGUCAGGGGAUAUACAACUUGUUAUUAUUAAUUAUUACAAUUAAUGGCAAAAUCGAAUGUUUGGAAAUGUAACUUUCUCCUGACACACAUAGAAAUUACUGACUUAAAGCAAUAGAAAUAGAACAUAGAAAUAAAUGAUUUAAAGCCAUUUACUUAGCAGGUGGAAAUACUAGUGUUGUAAUAUUUUAUAACAUACAUUACCAUAUGCACAUGACUGUGCGAACAGCUGGAGUGCGCCACGCGGCUGCGCGCUGAAACAGGUAUUUAUGAUUACGUCAGCAAGGUAGAGCGGCGCGCGGCGGCUGCCACUCUGGUUUGGGCGCACGAGAGCUUCUUCUCGAGACCUGAAGACACUUCCUGAGCUUCGGUAAAACAGUGAGUUAUACAGGGUUAGAACAACAUUAAACAUUUUUUGUUAUAUACAUGUGUUUAGAGCUCAAGGCCGAUGUGUCCAUCCCGUGUAAACACUGAGACCGUCAGUAGGGGAGAGUGAGCUGUCCAGUGGAUCCACCCCAGCCAAAGGACAACAGAGAACUACUCAUAGAUUUA